AUGGAGGAUUCCUCCGCGCCGAAGCGCCGCCGUACCUCCCCUCGAACUAGUAUUCCCAUCCGGACAGCAGACAGAGCGAACUCGUCAUCAGCCGCCGAGAACCCUACAUCACAGCCUGCGCGUCGUCGGCCGUCCUUUGCCUCUCCCACCAAGGCAAGCCUGGCGAGGACAAACCCAGACAUCUUACGCCGUCGUUCGACCCAACAGACGAACGAAGAUGCAUCCCCGCCCCGAGCAGUCGAGCCCGGCGCAGAGCCCAGUGAGCUCAGCAAUCGCGACAUGACGACGGCACAGGAACCCAGGCCACCGUCACAGAGUGAACGCGCCUCAGGAGGAACUAGAGCUAAAGACGGCGGCCUUCGUGACCGUUUGGCACAGAGAGCAGAGCAGCAAAAUUCUCCAACCCAGGACACAGAGCCGGCUUCGAUGGGUAGCCCGGCGCGUCGUCCCCCGCGAAAUGGUGCGGGACAACUCCGCGCCAAGCCGCGACGAUCGCCUGUCAAGCCCAACCCUAGGCCCCUACCACCGCCGGAUCCCGAAGAUGAAGAUUUCGAUCCGUUUGCCAGGCGAGGUUUGAAUCGUACGCCUCCUCCAGGAUCGCAACCUGCCGCGCACGAACCAACAGACCCAAUGGACCCAACACGAGACCCGGAGUCGUCUCAAGCACGUCAACUGGGCGAGUUGCAAACAGGAUCAGAGAUACCGGGACCAGAAGAGCCAGAAGAGCCAGAGCUUCCGCCGACACCGACACAAAAGGGACUCGAGGACCCAAUUGUCACCACGCCGCCGACAGGCAUCCACAACACGCCGUCUAAGCGCAGCGGAAGGCGGAGGAGCGAUCGCGGCAUGAAGAGCUCGCCAUUAAAGCAGCCACCCAUGCGACCAUCUGACACGGGAGCACCGUCCAAGAAGAGAAGGCAGGGAAAAGCAGCUGUGCCUUUCGUAUUUGAAGGGGAGGAGGACGCUGCGGCCGGGGAAGAAGCAGCCAAGCCAGGCGAUGGCACCGGAACGCACUUUGCGCGCAGGGUGCCACCGCUUGAUCCAUAUGGCGAGCAGCGAGCGCGACGGGACAAGCUGCAAGCAGAGAUUGCCCAGCUUCAGGCCGAUCUAGAGCUCGCGACAGCUGGAAAUGAGCGGGAGCGGGUGCGCAUGCAGCAGAGCGCACGGCGAAGCUCUAAGCAGCCUCAAAGCUCUUCAAACCAAGAGGAACUCUUGGACAUGCUCAGCCGACAUCUCCUCCCCGCAGAGCAAACGGCACCAGCGCCAGACGCGUCGCAGCCGCUGUUUGACCUCGCCAUGGACCCUACGUCUUGGUUCACCCUUGCCUCUCCAGCUCUUCCCCUGACCUUGACCGCAGAAAGCGAGUCCACCCCCAUAUCUCACCACCCGAUUCAAAUGACAGCCGCCGAGGAACUUCCUUAUCUCCAAAUUUUCACCCCGUUCUCCAUAUCUCAAACGACAGCCAUUCUCCCCCGCGAAGACCCUUCUUCACCCCUCCUGCGCCAACACACGAUCAACGUGUCUUCCAGCCCUCCAGGUCUCUUCGGCGCCAGGAUCGAGCUAGUAGCCAACACGUCCACCCUCCGCGUCGACUCCCUCUCCGUCCCCGCCCUCGAUCCCUCCGCCGUGCCCGAACUAGGCCCCUGGAUCGCCACCCUCUGCGACCGCGCCGCCAACACGGCGACCGACCGCAACGUGACCCUCCUCACCUGGUCCAUGGCCGAAUGGCACCGCAUCGCCCUGCAACGCGCCCACUUCUGGGCUCUCCUCGCCGCCGAGACCAGCGACCCGCAGACCCUCCUCGAGAACGCCCGCGAACUCCGCCAGCGGCGCAGGAAGAAGCGCCGUCGCGAUGACGAGGACGAAGACCUCGAGGGCGACGCGCUGAAGAGGCCGUCGAGGACGGAUCUCAUCGCCCACAUGGGCCGCACAUCUUUCGACGUUUCCAUUCCCGAUGAUUCGGUGGAUGAGGCGCACUGGCCGCGGCUGCGCGUCUCGUGGAAGAUACACUUUGAUUGGACCGGUGAGGGACAGAGCACGGUCGGGGUGCUGGCUGGGCUGCCAGGGAAGUGGCACAACGCAGAUGACAGCAAGGCGCUGAACGGGCUGCACAAGGUGUUUGGAGACAUGGUACGUAAGGAGGAGACGCCGAUGAAUGCUGUGCGGACCGUCGUUGCGCUGCUGGCGGGCGAUGGCGGACGAUGA